AUGUCUGAACCUUCAACUUACUCAAACCACUUUCCUUCUCCUCUCACUUCCCUUUCCAUGAUGGAUUUGAACUUUACUGCCCGGAAACCUCCGCAUACGUCCGCUAGGAUGGACAUAGAACACAUGCCUGAAGCUCCACACCGUAGUUAUCACCACCGCCGUUCCCACUCCGACACCUCCUUCCGUUUCGCUAAUUUCGACGAUCUUCUCCUCUUCGACUCUCCCGACAUCGAUUUAUCUUCUGCUCUUCCUUCUCCCUCUCCCUCCCCGUCCCCCACGCCGUCGGGGGCUCGUAUGGCCGUCGAUUCCUUUAAUUCCAAGUCCCCUGAAGACGCCUCUACCACAAAACCUAGGGCUGCAAACGCUUGGGGGAGAGUGACGGCGGGGGAGAAGAAGAUUGCUCGUCAUAGGCAUAGCAAUUCAAUGGAUGGGUCUUUGACUUCCUCGUUUGAAGUUGAUUCUUCCAAGAAGGCUAUGGCACCUGAUAAACUCGCUGAGCUUGCUUUGAUGGACCCUAAAAGAGCUAAGAGGAUUCUGGCGAAUAGACAAUCUGCUGCACGAUCCAAGGAGAGAAAAAUACGUUACACUAAUGAAUUAGAGAAGAAGGUGCAAAUGCUUCAAUCAGAAGCGACUUCCCUUUCUGCUCAGGUCACUGUGUUACAGAGAGAUACCACUGGAUUGACUACUGAGAACAGAGAACUCAAGCUAAGAUUGCAAGCCAUGGAGCAGCAAGCCCAUCUGAGGGAUGCUUUGAAUGAGACAUUGAGGGAGGAAGUACAGCGACUUAAGAUAGCCGCUGCCCAACUGCCUGUUGCAAAUGGCAACUCAUUCAACAUGGGAGGAGGGCUACCUCCUCAAUUCCCUCCUCUCCAAACAUCAUUUCUUCAAUUUGGCAACUCCCAGAAUCAUCAACAGCCACAGCUGCUUCACAUGUCUCAGCCUGAUGCUCGAGGAGGGUCUCCACCGUCCCAGCUUCCAGGAGCUUAACCACAUGCUUUAGAUAAUCUAUUACGUAGUGAGGAUUGGUAUUUUUAUUUGGGAAGCUAAGGAAUUGUAGCCUGUAUCUUCUACAUUUGGAUUUGUAUGAGUAUACUUGUAAAAAGGAAUAUACAUGUGUACAAAAAAAGCUGUAUUAUUUCUUUGAUAAUUGAGGAUUGUAUUGUAAUAACACUCGCAGCAAAUAAUAGGGAUCACUUCUUUGUGAACAA